GUGAUUUUCACCAGCGAUGGUGCCAUCUCUGUGGCCUCCGAGUUUUGGGAAGUGGUAAGCACACUACAAAUAGCCGUCGAGCAAGACUACCAUUUCACUCUAUUCAAGAACUUUGACGGGAAAAAGACACUGGCUUUCUGCACAUCCAAACCCAACAUGGCACCUUUACUACAGGAUCCAGUCCUAGCACCCAACCCGAUUGCCCUCUCCAAAAAAGAGACUGCCAACAAGAGCGACAACAAGUUUCAGUACCGGCCAGGACGCACUACCAUUGAACACCACGGUUACUAUCCCUAUGAUGAUCUACUACCGUCAUUUCCCAAUGUCCACUGGGGCCCUAUAGAAGAAACCCCAUACGAAGAUAAGGGCCUCCAGGGCGAUACCAAAUUUCGUAACCUAUUGCAGGAUGCGACUGAUAUAUUCGACUACACGCCAAAGAUCGGAACAGAGGUCCUUGGGGUCAAUCUCUCCAAGCUAACAGAUGCACAAAAGAACGACUUAGCUCGACUUGUUGCCGUCCGCGGGGUCGUUAUGUUUAGGAACCAGGGGGAUUUCGACAUUGAAGCUCAACGUGAGCUGGGGAAACAUUUCGGAAAGUUGCACAGGCAUGCAACAACCGCUGUCCCGAAGAAGGGUGGCUUGGAGGACGUCCAUGUCAUUUUCUCUGGGGACAACUCCACUGACCAACGAGCAAUGUUUACGCCCAGCUUUCUUUGGCACUCUGAUGUGACCUACGAAGUCCAACCACCUUCUUACACCUCGUUGAAGCUUCUGACGGGACCUCCUCGGGGAGGAGGUGGUGACACCCUCUGGACAUCUCAAUAUGCGGCGUAUGAUGCCCUUUCGCCGUAUAUGCAGACGUACCUAAAGGGCUUAACUGCUCUCCAUUCAGCAGAUAUGCAGGCAUCCGACACACGGGCUGCUGGGCGGGCUGUGCGCCGCGAGCCAGUCACCACAGAGCAUCCUUUGAUUCGGACUAAUCCUGUUACAGGCUGGAAUAGCCUAUUUUUCAACCCUGGAUUUGUGACGAAGAUAGUUGGGAUUCCCAAGACUGAGAGUGAUGCUAUUAUCAGAUACCUCACCGAGGUUAUUGCAACAACGCAGGAGAUUCAUGCUCGCUUCCAGUGGGGGGAAAAUGAUGUGGCUAUUUGGGAUAAUCGAACUACGAACCAUUCCGCUUCUUAUGGAUUUGCUCCACACCGUCGCCACGCUGUUCGGGUAGCUUGCCAUGCUGAGCGCCCUGUCCUCGAUCCGGCAGGAAAAUCACAGGAGGAAGAAUACAUUGCACUUUAUAACUUGCCAGCUGUUAACAAAGAUGGCUCACGCCAAUCAAACUAUAAUGAUUGA